GCCGCCGCCAUGGGCUCGCACCUGCCGCCGCGCCCCGAGCCCCAGCUGGUGCUGCAGCUGGCGGCCGGGGCUCUGCAGGCGCAGAACUUGGAGGCGCCGGGCGGCGGCCUGGGGCCCGAGUGGCAGGUGCUGCUCGGGCGGGCGGACGCGCUGGCCUUCGGCGGGCGGCUGCACGAGGCGCUGCCGCUGUACCAGCUGGCGUCCCGCCACCAGCAGCUGCGCGCCGAGCAGCUGGAGAAGCUGGUGGAGUGCCUGGCGCAGAGCGUCCGGAUCAAAGAGGGACUGCCCGCCGCCGGGCAGCCCGCGGCACCCCGCGAGUGGGACGUCUUCAGGUGCCGCAAAUGCCAGGGCUUCCUCUUCGAGCCCGUUUCCUUGCCUUGCGGACACACGUUCUGCAAAAAGUGCCUGGAGAGGGACCGGGCGCCCGAACCGCGCUGCGUCCUGUGCAAGGAGGCGGGCGGCGCGGCGGCCGGGCAGCUCCUGCGGGUCAAUGUCAUCCUCAGCAACCUGCUGACCAAGUGGUUCCCCUGCCAAGUGAAGGCUUCGCAGCUCCGGCACGAAGGGAACCUCCUCUACAAGGAGAAGAAGCUCCAAGCCGCCCUGCAGAAGUACAACGAAGCGGUCAGCCUAGCUCCAAAUGACCACUUGCUAUAUAGCAACCGGUCCCAGAUUAACUCCACUUUGAAAGCUUGUGAAGAUGCGUUGCACGAUGCAGAAACAGCGUGCAGGCUCCAGCCAUACUGGUUGAAAGGUCACCUAAGGAAAGGACAAGCAUUAGCUAAUCUGGGGAAAACAGAAGAAGCUUUAAGGGAGUUUCUAUUCUGCCUUGCUCUAGAUACUGGGAACAAGACAGCCAAGUCUGAGGCACAAAAGCUUCUACUUAGUUUGUUUUCACUCAUCCCGGGAAAUGCUCAGGAACACUUACCCGAUAUCCUGCAGCUGUUGUCACAUCACUCUAGAUUAAAGGGGAAUCUCCUAAAUUCAGUGGGAUCUGGAGGCACCAGCCAUAACCUACAAAGGUUGCUCAAGGUCAAUGUGGAACAGAAAAAGGGUUUUUCCAUUCAAGAGGAACCAAAUGUAACUACUUCUGGUAGUUUGAGGAAAUCUAUACAAAUUACAGAGAGCAGAAAGGACUGCUCAGAGGAGGAGAACAAAUUCACCUCCUUGCCAGAGUCUACUUUUCUCCUCUCUGAGAAAUGCAGCCUCCUGAAAAGGAAGUGCUGCUCAGAGGAGAUGCGAAAUGCUGAGGUGCCCUGCAAACUGAUGAAGAAAGACAUAGUUGAUAUUAGGGAAAAUAGUACUGGACAACAUAUUCCAUUUGAAGUUGUGGAUCCAUCAGAUUUGGACUGCUCCCUGUGUAUGAGGCUCUUCUAUGAACCUGUCACUACACCUUGUGGGCACACCUUCUGUCUCAAAUGUCUGGAGAGAUGCCUGGAUCACAACCCAAAAUGUCCCCUGUGCAAGGAAGGGCUCUCAGAGUGCUUGGCUAUGAGGAAAUACUGUAAAACAGUGCUAAUGGAGGAGCUAAUAGCCAGAUAUCUUCCAGAAGAACUCACUGAAAGGAGAAAGAUUUAUGAAGAGGAAAUAGCAGAGCUUUCCAACCUAAAUAAGAAUGUUCCCAUAUUUGUGUGCACAAUGGCUUAUCCUACAGUCCCAUGUCCUUUGCACAUCUUUGAGCCCUGCUACCGGCUGAUGAUCCGGAGGUGCAUGGAGACUGGCACCAAGCAGUUUGGGAUGUGCAUCAGCGACCCUGUCAAAGGGUUUGCAGAUUAUGGCUGCAUUCUGGAGAUAAGAAAUGUUGAAUUCUUUGCUGAUGGUCGCUCUGUUGUAGACAGCAUUGGCAAGAGGAGAUUUAAGGUGAUCCAGCACAGCCAGCGCGAUGGAUAUAAUACAGCAGAUAUUGAGUACAUUGAGGAUCAAAAGGUGCAAGGACAAGAGUAUGCUGCAUUACUUGUUCUCCAUGACUCUGUCUAUGAUCAGGCCUAUACGUGGUUUAACUCCCUCAAGCAAGCGCUCAAAAGUAGAAUUCUCAGUCAUUUUGGUCCAAUGCCAGCCAAGGAUCCUGACCCACAGGCGAACCCCAAUGGGCCAGCCUGGUGCUGGUGGGUCCUGGCUGUGCUCCCCCUGGAGAACAGAGCUCAGCUGCCCUUCCUCGCCAUGAAGUCCCUCAAAGACCGCCUGAACGGCAUCAGACGCGUCCUGACGUUCAUGUCGCGAGCGAGGUCGCGGUGAUGAUUUGAGUGUCAGGAUGUUUCCAGCCUGAAUUUCAAAGAGGAUGACUUAUAAAAGAGCAGGGGAUGUUUAUGGAUACUUCAAUAGUUUCCAUUUGGAACUGAGACGAGUAUUCAAUCACUGCACUGCUAAAUUAAUAACAAAUGUGAUAGAACAAAAAGUGAUCUUGUUUGCCAUAAACCUUUUAAAAAUCUUAAGGGUUUUUUUAAUUUAUUUUAUUUUUAUUUUUUAGUGGAUAAAGGAUAAACUGUGCAGUUUAAUGUGAAGCAGAAAUAAUAAGGUUAAUGCAUUAUUUCAGUGAACUGCAAAGUCUUUUAUUCAAAUGGUUCAGGUUUUAUAUAGCAUUGUGUAAAAUAAUGUUCACAACUUCUGUUUGAUAAUUUAUUUUUGCACUAUGAUUUUUUUUGUUUCAAAAUGUAUAUUAUUUAUGUGUUCAUUCACUAAAGGAAAGUGAGCUGCUCUAUUUAUAGUGUUUUUACCCUGUAUUUAUGACUGGGGGCAAAAAUGAUGAUUUUUGCAGUGCACAAGCAACUGCUUUGAUGAUUUUUUCAGUUAUUUGUGUUCAAAUACUUUGAAUGUUUUUCUACUCAUCCCCAGUUCUGCUGUAGCUUAAGAACGCCCCCAAAACAUCCUGCCUUGAAGUCUUUGAAUACACAGAUUGUCUGAGUUAAUUCAAGCACAGCUGUUGAAGGUUCAUCCUAUGCUUGUGGCAAGGUUCCUGAUACAACCAAACAGUCAAGCACCUGCUUAAGCAUGAGUUUAUGUGCUUGAGUAAAUUCAAGUGCUGAUGGUUGAUGUCAGUGGGAAUUGACCAUAGUGGUGACAGAAGGAUCUAACCCCUAAUAUUUCACAGAACAGAAUAACUUGAAGUUGAAUUUAUAUCUGAACUCUUUCUUGCAAAAAUGGACAAUGGCUACAAACAACUGCGAAGAAAGAGCUGCAAUAUAUGGAAAGUGGCUUAUCCUAGAGAAAACUGGAAGUACUGGUGUCAUUUCAUUGUAGGUUAAUACAUAGAUUUUUUUUUUUUCCCAUCAACUCUUGUUGCUGUUAAUAUGAGUUUUAUUUCUUUUAAUUGUUUGGUGGGAUUUGGCUUUGGAGUGUGUGUAUGGGAGGGGGAGGGGGGAGUUAUUUUGAACUGUAGGACUCAGAGGGUAGAUUGUCACAUAAGAAGGAAUAUGUUGUAAUAAAUGCUAUUUAUUUCACUCCAAUCUUCAGGUUUCUGUUAGCUUCAAAUCUCUACCCAGCCUUUGCUUUUCUCUUAAGAGAUUGGGUAGUGUUGCUAAAAAUAGUUAUCUCCCAAGGAAGGCAAGUGAAUUUUAGCAUGAUUACUUCUAGCUAUAAAGCAGGUAAAAAUAGGGCAGAAAUGAGAACAGGAAGUGUCUUGGUUUUGUUGUUGUUGUUUUUUUUUUGUUUUUUUUUUAAUCAACAGUUCAUAUACUUGUUUUACUGCUUGUAUUGCUUACAGUGUACCACUUUCUGGGACUGCUCCCUCCAUCUGAUUUUGACUUUCACUGAUUUCAGUGUGAGCAAAACUGGGCCUUUUAUUCUAAGCUACUGUUUUCUUUUUCAGUGGCAAAAACUAGAAUGAAGUGAGAAUGUUAUGGAAUGCUAUAAAUUUCUUUGGGUUUUUUAUACAGGAUAGCACUGCCAUUUCAUGCCUUUAUGAAAAAAAUGCAGUAGAAUUUAAUGUAAUUUUUCUGCAUGUUUUUCCAUUAUCUCAUCAGAAAUAUUUGUUAGUUAAAAGUAGUUUCCAUAAAGCUACCUUUGUUCCCCUUUUGUUAAAUUCUGUUGACAUUUUUAAUAAGGGUACCAAAGAAACAAAUGGAAGACAAGCAUGUUUCACCCUUGUGGUGCACAUGGACUCUGUAUCCUGUUUGCAUUGAGCUGCUUUGGAAAUGCUGUAACUUCCUUCCAUACUGCUGGAUUGCUGCACUUCCUCCACGAGUGGUAUUUGGUAUGCUGAAAACAAUGUAUAAAAACACCUACAUGUUCUGAACAGUACCAAGUGAUGGUGGCUGAUAUUUGCUAUGACAUUUUGUGUUCAUAAGUCAACAAAGUGAUUUCUACUUGUUUGGAAGUGAAGCUGCAUUAAAUGCAAUUCUUCCACAAACCAUUAUGUACUGUUGCAGAGCAUAAGUGUUUCAUAUUGCUCCCACAGGAAAAAAAGCUUCCACUUUUGUUACUCCUAUCUGUGAGAAAAGGAGCUUAAAUAGCUAAUUUAAUCUGUUUUCUCACUGAUGUAAUUAUUUUUUUAUCCUGCACGCUAUGUCUCCUACAUACUCAUUCUGCCUAAUUUGUUGUUUUAGAGAAGAUGUCAUGGAAAGAAUCCUUGAUUUUAAAGAUGAAUAUUGUCUUUUCUGUUAGCCUUGAGUAAAGCUGCCAGAAUUUCCAAGCAGAGACUUGUGUACAUGCCCUGCAUCGUGAACACCCAGUGCAUUUGUUGCAGCCUGGAAACACUGGACCUACUGCAUGUAAUGCAAACAGGUGAUCUGCAUAUGCACAACAAAUCAAAAUUCCAUCUGUACAGGUACAGUAGCAUUCUUGCUGGGGCUGCUCUAUGGCCACACGUCCUAGAUUAAUGGCUCAAGCCUGCAAAUUCCAUUAGAAAUGAAAAUCAAUACUGAGAAAGAUAUAUGCUAGAGAACACAAACCUGUCCAGGAAAAACUGGACAAGGAAUACCCUUAGCCUUCAUUAUGUUGAGAUGGUAAAGUUUCAGUAGCGAUGUUUAAAAUAAAAAAAUCUAGGUUUGCUACACUACCACUGAUUUUUUUUCAGUUGCAUAAAUAAGUACAAGGAUGUAAAUGCAACAUUUAUCACAGGCAUGAAUAAACAGCUGAACAGAUUUAAAAAUACCUUCAGUUUAAUUAUAGAAAUAGCAUUGAUCAGAUACAACACUAAUUGGGGGAAUAUUUUAUUUAAGCUGCUCACAUUUUUCUAGACACCAAACCCAGUUUUAUAACCAGUCUUGCUCAUCUGCUAAAAACAAAAAGUCCAACAGACCAAAUCAUGAUUCAAACUUGCAUUUCCUGUGUGGUCUGAAGUAUUGAUUAAUCAUUGUGGGGGCAUAGGUAAUGCAUAGGCUGCUUAGACAGUAGUUCAGUAGUUUUAAAAUUAAAUGAUAAAAUGGUGUGAUAGGCCUUUAUGCUAAGUCUUAAGUGAUAUUCUGGUGUUAGCUGUAAAAGUUCCUCUUGCUUUUUUUCUGUAAUUCCUCGAAGUGCUGCUAUCUUCCAUGACAAUGUAGCAAUAAGAGAUAGCAGCUGUCAGACGUGUGGCUCGCCUGUCCUUCUGUCCUGCACGACUGCUCACUGCCAGAACACCUCAACCAUGGAUUUAUUAGUCCAAAGAUUGUUUUAAUCUAAAAAAAAAAAAGUGGAUUUGGAUGUAGCAGGUCUGUCUUAAUCUGUGCUGUAGAGAAAGAGCUUCCUAGCGUUGAGUUCUGGUUUAGAUGGUCUUUUCACAGAAUCCCAGGUUGGAAGGGACCUCAAGGAUCAGCUGGUCCAACUUUUCUUGGCAAAAGCAUGGUCUAGACAAGGUGGUCCAGCAGGCUGUCCAGCCAAAUCUUACAAGUGUCCAAUGUCGGGAAAUCCAACACUUCCCUGGGAAGAUUACUCCAAUGGCUGAUUGUUCUCAUUGUGAAAAUGUUUAUUUUUAAUGAUUUCUACUUGGUGCUGAAGUUUUACUGGUGUUUAAAUUAAUGACAGGAGUUGUAUUUAAAUGCAAUGUUUAGGAAUGGAGAACAUGUUCACAAACACUUAUUUAAAAAAGGAAGUUAAUUUUAACUAUAGGGGUUUUGUACAUAAAAACCCCAUGGACCUAUAUGCACUUAGGGUAGUGCUCCCCAUUUCCCCCAAGUCCUACAUCAGAUGAACACAAUCCCUCUUUUCAACCCCUGCUUAGUUCUCAUUUAAUUCAUAACUGAAACUGUAACUAGUGCAGCAUGUAGUUUAGGAGCUGGGUUCAUUUCCAAAGCCCAGUAAAUCACUGAAAGUCUUAUGGCAAUAGCAAAAUGGUAGUUUGAAGAAAGUCACUCUCUUGAAACACUUUGCUAAAUAAAUAUUGUCUGAAAGAAGAAAGAAACUAAUCUGCUUAGACAGGAUUAAAAUGGUGGGUAAUAAAAACCUGAACUAUUACAUUGACUUACUCAUCCAGGUAUCAUGUGAAGUGCUUACUGAUGUUGGAUUUUCAUAAGGUCUAAAGUAACCCUCACAUAGAAGUGCCUGUAUUCUGUUAUUGCCAUUCUUGAGCUUUUUAAUAGUCAUAGCCAUAUAUUUUAUAAAUAUAAAACAUAUGCAGCUUUUAAUCUUUACAUUCAGUUUGCAGAACAAAGGUUUACAGAGCAGAAGUGUAGCAAAAACAAUGUAAUAGCUUCUAUAAUUCCCUGAUAAGGAACGGAGAAGUAAAAAAAUGAGGAGCAGAAGACUAUCUGUGUAAGAUGUCUUAAUUUGGAACCAUAUACUUGUCCAAUUUAAUUACAUCAAGCUAUGUGGUUACAAGAGUGCCAGAAAUAUAUCUAUCAAGCCAUUUUAAAUAAAAUGUUUUGUGGACUUGUAUAUUCCAUUUGUUUGUAAAACAUCCUUUUGUGCACUGUAAUGAACUUGAAAUGAAACUUAAGUUAUACUCUCAUAUCACUGGGCAGAAUACUGUUCAGCUACCUCUACAUAAGUUUGAAGUAAUUUGUUUUUUUUCCAGAUUUGUUUGCAUUGUCAUAUAAAAUAUAUUUUAAAAAAUCAUAGUCCAAAGAACCUGUAUGUGUUUGUAGAUGUACUUAUAACUAUGUUGUACCAACAAAGUCUGUGUGGAGAGUUGUUUCCUAAUUAAAAUUUUUGUCUUCUUUA